AUGACUAAGCAGCUUGGCGAUUUUGGCCAAUUCUGGCGAAUGGUCUGGCAACAAAAAGUGGAGAAGAUUGUUACGUUGACACAAUUGGUAGAGGGUAAGAAAACCAAAUGCGAGCGGUAUUGGCCGGAUCAUAAUCCAAGCAAAAUAUAUGGCGAUAUAGAGGUUGUGUGCAAUGAUGAAAACAAAUACGCAGAUUUCAACUGGAGGCAACUGACGCUUUCAAAGAACUCCAAAGAAAGACGUUUACAUCAUCUGCAGUUCACGAGCUGGCUAGACAAGGACAUCCCUGAUGACGUCACGUCAAUUAUAGAGUUUAGACAGAGGGUAAACGCCUUGUCGAAUACCUCUGCUGGACCAAUAGUUGUACAUUGCAGUGCUGGUGUAGGCAGAUCGGGAACCUAUAUAGCUCUGGACAUCUUAGGCAACGAGGGUGAGGCAGAAAAAGCUAUAAACAUUCCAGGAUGUGUUUUCGACAUGAGACGGAACAGACCCAAUAUGAUUCAGUCUUUUGGAAUGGUUGGCUUAUACUUUCCUGGUGACAAUCGAACAAUAAUGGAGAGUUUUGAUUCUGUACCAUCGAACCACGAUCAAAGUGCAAGAAACUUUGUAAAACGAUUGCUACAUAUUGAAGGCGAAGGAAAGACCAAGAAAGGUGUGACGAUUUCACACUAUGAAUACUUGGACUGGGAUACAAAACUCAAUAUUCCUAAGUCGGCAGAACACUGUGUUGCCUUUAUCAAAGAUGUUGAAGACGCAUCCAAAUUAUCCCACCUGAAUGGACCGACACUGUUGCAUUGCCUAACUGGGGCUGAAAAGAGUGGCCUUUUUUGUGUUGUCAUGACAUUACUUGAACAAUUGAGCGAAACUUCUGAGGCCAGUGUGGUCAAUGCGGUGAGCAGAGUCAGAGCUAGAAGACCUCUUGCUAUUCCAAAUAAGGAGCAGUUCUACUUCUGCCACGAGUGUGCUUUCCAUUCCGUCAAUGCAACGGGUAACGACGCAACAGAUGACGAUGCGUUUUAUAAUAUAAGUGGGAAUAUACAGACGGGAUGA